AUGGCCGCCAACCCACAAACCUAUCAACCCAUAAUAAGCGGCCCAGGAGACAUCCGCACCGCCCAAAAAAGACGCCAGAUCUAUAUUCGCCCGUUCCUUCUCUUCUGGCUCGCCUCGUUGCUCGCCGAAACCGUGUUUCUGGCCGUGGGCAUCUUCGUCAUGACCGGCACGCGCGAUCUCGUCUAUAAAGUCCUCUGGACGCUCGUCUUCUGCCCGCUAGGCAUGGGCGGCGCAAUGGGCGGCCUGAUCAAUGUCUUCAUCGUCGACCACUACUACGGCACCAAGGCGGCGCACUUCACGGGGGUUCUCGCCUUGCUGGUCCUUAGCUCAUGCAAUUAUCUCUGUUAUAAUCUGGAUAGACAUUUCGGGUGGUUUGGCGCGUCAGAGCAUCCGAUGUGGUUCCAUUGGCGGUAUCCAAUGAUCUGGGCGGUUGGGUCGAUGAGACAGGACCAGAUCUCGUACGGUAGUCCCGGUGAAUAUACGGUUGGAUUGAAGGAUGCCUUUGCACGUGGGAACUCACGUGCCCGCUCGUCAUGGCAAUGA